AUGCGGCCCCGCCGCCUGCUAAGACGCGGCCCCGCCGCCUGCGCUCUCGCGGCCCCGCCACCCUACCUGCAGCAGCCGAGCCGCCCACCUGCAGCAGCCGAGCAGAAGUGCAGCCGAGCCGCCCCGCACCCGGGCCGCCCGGCACCCGAGCCGCCCUGCCGCCGAGCCGCCCGGGAGCCGAGCUGCCCUGCACCCGAGCCGCCCUGCCGCCGAGCCGCCCGGGAGCCGAGCCGCCCUGCACCCGAGCCGCCCGGGCGCAGAGCCGCCCAGCAGCCGAGUCGCCGAGCCGCCCUUCUGCAGAGCUGCCCGGCCAGCCCUGCCUGUGUCCUAGCUUUUGACGCUGAGGGUCGAGCCAUUGACUUUGAGGUCUGGGUCGAUGACCUGCAGUUGUUUUUACAGUGUGAUAGGGCAGACGGCCUCUCUCUCUUUGACCUCACUUCUGGCGCCUCUACUGCCCCUGCUGCUGAUGCUGAUCCCACUGUGCGCUCUCAGUGGGCCACCCGCGAUGCUGCUGCACGUCUUGCUGUGCGUCGCCACCUCCCUACCUCUGAGCGCGCGCACUUUAGUCAGUACAAGAGUGCUCAGACCUUGUACGACGCUGUAGUUGCGCGCUACUCCUCCCCUGCCACUGCUGCACUGAGCCGUCUCAUGCUUCCCUACCUCUUUCCUGACCUCUCUGCCUUUCCCACUGUCGCUGACCUCAUUACGCACCUCCGCACUAGUGACACUCGCUACGGCGCCGCCCUUCCUGCUGAGUUCGGCGCUAAGAACCCCCCCCCCAUGUACAUCACUCUCUACUACGUAGUCGCGCGCCUCCCUGACUCCCUUCGCGUAGUCAGGGACCACUUUCUCGCAGUCUGUCCCACCACCCUCACCGUCGACAUCCUCGAGAAGGCCCUCCUCGCAGCGGAGAAGAGCAUAGUCACUGUAGGAGCUUCUCGUGGUGACCCUCGCACCCCCAUCUUUGAGGGGUGCUCUCCUUCCCCCUUGCUGCCCUCUGUUGCCUCUGCUGCUGCUGCCGACCUGCUUGGUCUUGAGUCGGUCGGCGCGGCGUCUGCCCCUAGUGGGAGACGUCGCUCUGGCAAGGGCAAGGGGGGCAAGGGCGCGGGUGGAGCUGGAGGGGGCGGUGGCGGUGGCGGCGGAGGCGGCGGAGGGAGUGGGGGUGGCGGCGGGAGUAGUGGCGGGGGUGGUGGUGGUGGUGGCAGCGGCGGCGGAGGCGGCGGUGGUGGCGGCAGCGGUGGUGGUGGUGGCAGCGGCGGAGGUGGAGGCGGCGGAGGAGGCGGCGGAGGAGGCGCUGGUGGUGGAGGGGGUGGAGCUGGUCGGGGUGGUACCCAGCAGCGGAGCGGCGGUGGUGGUGGCCAGCGCUCGCAGCAGCAGCAGCAGCAGCGUUCGCGGGACAUCCCUCCGCCUCAGCAGCUUCGUGAGUGGUACACUCAGCGUCAGAGGGGUGGGGGUACUGGUCCUUGCACCUACGUCCUUCGUUCCGGCGACCGCGCGGGUGAGCAGUGUGGGGGUGCCCACCCCACCCAGCGCUGCUUUGGCCGCCUGACGGACGCUUGGCGUCAGCAGUUCCCCGGGGCUAGUGAGAUCCCUCGCUGGGAUGAGCUUCUUAGGGCUGGUGUAGCAAUCUUUGAUCUUGAUUUUGAUGCUAUCCUUGCUGCUAUGUAUGCUGUGACUAUUAGUGAGGAGAAUGAGGUUUACCGGUGUUUCCAGCCCGACCCGGGCAUUGGUACUGCUGCGCUAGGUGCUUGUGAGGCUGCUGCUCUAGGUGCCAGUGCGUCUGCGCUCUCAGGUACUGGUGAGACUGCGCUCUCAGGUACUGCGUCGCCCUCGUCCUCCCUCACUUUCACACUUGACUCCGGGGCUUCUCGCUCCUUCUUUCGAGACCGCACCACCCUCACGCCGCUUGGCCGGCCGGUUGCCGUCUCCCUGGCUGACCCCUCUAGGGGUCCUGUCCUCUCCCACUUCUCCACUGUCCUCCCGUGUCCGGCUGCCCCUUCGGGCACCCUGUCUGGUCUGUACCUUCCCUCGUUCUCUACGAACUUGGUGAGUGGUGCGGACCUGCAGGAUGCGGGGGUUCACCAGUUCACUCCUGCGAGUCAGCGGGUGACCCACUGCACGGACGCACGCACAGGCCGACACCUGGCCACCUUCUCACGUCGGCCGGGGUCGAGUCUCUACACCCUGACCACUACGUCUCCUCCUGUCCCUGCGCCCGGUCAGGUAGCUGCGUCAAGUCAGGUGCUUGCUGCUGCGUCCCGGUCAGGUCCUGAGUCUGCCCCCUGUUCUUGUCGCCUCCUGUCUCACGAGACUCUCCUGUGGCACCACCGUCUUGGCCACCCGUCCUUGCCCCGUCUUCGGAGCAUGGCUUCCCGUGUCCUUGUCUCUGGUCUUCCCCAGUCUCUCCCUCCCCUUCCCUCCGGGCCAGGACCUUCCUGUGUCGAGGGUCGCCUCCGGGCUACUCCUCACUCCUCCCAGUUCCCCCCGACAGAGGCUCCUCUGCAGACGCUUCACAUGGACGUGUGGGGCCCAGCCCCCGUCCGUGGGCAGGGUCACGAGCGCUACUUCCUGUUGGUGGUUGACGACUACUCGCGUUACACCACAGUCCUCUCCUUGCGCAGCAAGGGUGCUGUCACUGAGACCUUCACGCUUCCGGACUCUCCACAGCAAAAUGGGAUUGCUGAGCGCCGCAUUGGCAUGGUCAUGGAUGUCGCUCGUACGUCCAUGAUGCAUGCGGCUGCCCCCCAUUUUAUGUGGCCGUUUGCGGUGAGGUACGCGGCGCAUCAGCUCAACCUUCACCCCAGGGUCUCUCGGCCCGCGAUGUCCCCAGUGUUACUGUGGACGGGGAAGGUUGGCGAUGCGUCGGCGUUCCGUGUCUGGGGAUCUCGGGCGUUUGUCCGCGACUUGUCAGCGGACAAGCUGACCCCUCGUGCUGCUCCCUGUGUCUUCCUUGGCUUCCCCACUGACGCUCCAGGGUGGCAGUUUUACCACCCCUCCUCUCGUCGUGUUCUGUCCUCCCAGGACGCCACGUUCGACGAGUCAGUCCCCUUCUACCGCCUCUUCCCCUCCCGCACUCCUUCCCUCCCCCCUCCGCCGGACUUCCUUGUGCCGGUUCCCCCCCCGGUAGACCCCCUCCCCCCUCAGGUUCCUGCCCCCUCAGUUGUGUCCCAGGUAGACGCAGUUGACCCGGUCGAGGUUACUGGUGACUCUGGUGCUGCUGCGGGUGCUGAGCCUGGGGGUGCUGACUCUGGGGGUGCUGUGCGCGGGGGUGCCGAGCCUGGAGGUGCUGCUACUAGGGGUGCUGAGCCUGGAGGUGCUGGGCCUGGGGGUGCUACUGUGGAGGGUGCUGAGCCUGGGGGUGCUGAGCCGGGGGGUGCUGUGCCUGGAGCUGCUGAGCCUGGGGGUGCUGAGUUGGGUGCUGCUGAGCCUGGGGGUGCUGGGUCUGGAGCUGCUGAGCCCUGGGUUUCUCCUGCUGCUGCGUCUCGCCGGGAGCCCCUCUCUCCACAGGAGCUGCGCGAGUGGUUUGCUCGCCGCUGGAGGCGUGCUGCUGGAGCUGGAGCUUCUUCGACCGUCGAGGGUGCUGGUGCUGCCGGUCCCGGAGCUGCUGGGCCUGCGGGUCCUCCUGGAGCUGGAGCUGCUGAGGAUGUUGGUGCUGAGACCACUGCUGUCUGUCCUCGCGGUGGUUCUGCUGCUGGUGCUGCUGGGGGUCCUGCCGCUGGAGGUGUUGGUGGUGCUGGUGCUGUCGCUGAGGGUGCUGGUGCUGUCCCUGCUGAGUCUGGAGCUGCCGCGCGGCCUCGGCCGUACUUCGUUCCGCUCCUGCAGCACGUUCUUGGUCUUUCUCCUCCGGUAGAGUGUCCACAGCCUGUCCAGUCACAGUCACUGUUGGAGCCUUCCUCUCCUCUGCCUGCUCCCUCUCCUUACACUGGUCCUACUGGAGGUCUUGCUGAGCGUCGUGAGCCUGCGUCUCGUCCCGCGUCGCCUGUUCGUGCUGCUCGCGCUAGUGGUCGCGGUUCGCGUCAGCGUCCUCCUCCUUUCCCUGGCACGCACCGGAUGUCUCUGCGUCCGUCCACUGCUCCUCUGCAUGCCCCUUUGCCUUCUCCUCCUGAGUCCUCUCUUCGUGCGCUUGCCGACCCUGAGUCAGACUCUCUUCGUGCUGCCAAUCCUACUGUCACGCGUCUGCUUGCUACUGUCGUCACUGACCCCUCUUUUGAGUCCACUGCUGCGUCUGCUCUUGUCGCUGAGCUCGUCGACUUUGCUGCUCGCUGUCGUCUAGACUACACUGCUAGUCUUGUUGCUGAAUCUGCGUCUGUCUGUCCUCCGUCCGUCGGGGGUGAGUGUGCUCUUGGCACGGACGUCCUAGAGGACAGGCAGGAGGAGUUACAGUGUCUGGCUGCUGCUUCACCUCAUCUCGCGUGUGUACUGCUUGCUCCUGAGGGAGACCCGGAUGCACUAGACAUCCCGACUCCGCGCUCUUACGCGGAGGCCGUAGAGGGUCCCUACUCCUCUCAGUGGCAGGCAGCUAUGGAUGCAGAGAUGGCUUCCUGGAAGUCCACAGGCACCUACGUUGACGCAGUUCCCCCUCCUGGGGCGAACAUCGUCAGUGGCAUGUGGAUCUUCCGGGUGAAGCGGCCGCCGGGCUCUCCACCUGUCUUCAAGGCGCGGUACGUUGCUCGUGGCUUCAGUCAGCGGCAGGGAGUUGACUACUUUCAGACCUUCUCUCCCACCCCGAAGAUGACCACUCUUCGGGUGCUGCUGCACAUAGCCGCUCAGCGCGACUACGAGCUUCACUCUCUCGACUUCAGCACUGCGUUCCUGCAGGUCUACGGUCUCCGCCAGGCACUGCGUGAGUGGCACGACACAUUGAGGACUACGCUUGCGGCUCUUGGGUUUGCUCCCUCUACUGCUGACCCGUCGCUGUUUCUGCGCACCGACACGUCACUGCCGCCGUUCUACAUCCUGGUGUACGUCGACGACUUGGUCUUUGCCACAGCGGACACUGCUGGACUCGCCUACGUGAAGUCCGAGCUGCUGAAGAGACACACGUGCACAGACCUGGGUGAACUGCGUAGCUACCUUGGCUUGCAGAUCACUCGGGACAGAGCACGCCGCACCAUCACCUUGACUCAGUCACACAUGGUGCAGCAGGUCCUUCAGCGCUUCGGCUUCACGUACUCCUCGCCUCAGGCCACUCCUCUGCCUACUCGCCACUCACUCUCAGCUCUGCCUUCGGAUGAGUCCGUAGAGUCGAGUGGUCCGUAUGCGGAGCUUGUUGGCUGCCUCAUGUACCUGAUGACCUGCACACGACCUGACCUUGCAUACCCUCUUAGCAUUCUUGCACGCUAUGUUGCUCCUGGGAGACACAGACCGGAGCACAUGGCUGCAGCGAAGAGGGUAUUGCGCUACCUGUGCAGUACGUCAGGCAUGGGGCUAGUGCUUGGAGGGCGGAGUCCAGUGGUCCUUACCGGCCACGCGGACGCUUCUUGGGCUGACGACCAGGCUACGCAGCGGUCGUCACAGGGUUACACCUUCAGCCUUGGUUCCGGCUCUGUCUCGUGGCGGUCUACUCGCUCGUCUUCGGUUCUCGGCUCCAGUUGUGAGGCUGAGAUCUACGCCGGGGCCAUGGCUGCACAGGAGCUUCGCUGGCUCACCUACCUGCUGACUGACCUUGGAGAGCCGCCUCGUUCUCCUCCAGUGCUGUACGUAGACAACAAGGCUAUGCUGGCCUUGUGUCGAGAGCAGCGCUUGGAGCACAGAACGAAGCACAUUGCUCUCCGCUACUUCCUUGCUCGUGAGCUGCAGCAGCGUGGUCAGUUGCGACUUGCGUACGUGGCCUCUGAGGCCAACACUGCUGAUGUGUUCACCAAGGCACUUGCGCCUUGUGACCAUCAGCGCUUCUGCACCCAGCUGGGUCUUGUGCCUGUCUUGCCUCACUUGCUCUCCUCUUGA